GGCAUAUGGUAAAUAAAAGUCGUCACCUGACCCUGCACUCCCCGACGGCUUUUCCAAAUUUUCUCAGUCCACCUUCCCUCUCCCUCUCUCUCUCUCUCUCUCUAAAGAAAACUCAUUCUCGGUGUAGAUCAAAGGCAUUUUGGUUUUGAAUUUGGAGUGAUCUUCGCGAAGAUUGUUCUCUAUUGUUGUCGCGGCGGUAGAUCCAAACGCUGCCACGGCGAGAGAGGAUCUAGGAUUGGGGAGCUCAGGAGGAAACUCGCGGUUUCUCUUUCUCGCUGCGUCUGUGCGUGUGUGCGUGAGAGAAAGUGGAUCUGAGCGGAGAUGGCGUUGUCAGGCAUGCGAGGGCUCUCGGUCUUCAUCAGCGACAUCCGCAAUUGCCAGAACAAAGAGCAGGAGCGCCUCCGCGUCGACAAGGAGCUAGGCAACGUCCGCACGCGCUUCAAGAACGAGAAGGGUUUAUCACCGUAUGAGAAGAAGAAAUAUGUUUGGAAAAUGCUAUACAUUUACAUGCUGGGUUAUGAUGUGGAUUUUGGUCAUAUGGAAGCUGUUUCUUUAAUAUCUGCACCAAAGUAUCCAGAAAAGCAGGUUGGGUACAUUGUAACGGCAUGUUUGCUAAAUGAGAACCAUGAUUUUUUGAGACUGGCAAUAAAUACUGUGCGCAAUGAUAUUAUUGGUCGCAAUGAAACCUUCCAGUGUUUGGCAUUGACUAUGGUUGGCAACAUUGGUGGGAGAGAAUUCGCUGAGUCGUUAGCACCUGAUGUUCAAAAGUUACUUAUCUCUAGCAGCUGCAGACCGCUUGUGAGGAAGAAAGCUGCACUCUGUCUGCUGCGCUUGUUUAGGAAAAAUCCUGAUGUUGUCAAUGUAGAUGGCUGGGCGGAUCGGAUGGCACAGCUAUUAGAUGAACGUGAUCUUGGUGUUUUGACAUCUUCUAUGAGCCUUCUUGUUGCUCUAGUAUCAAAUAACCAUGAAGCAUACUGGAGUUGUCUUCCAAAGUGCGUUAAAACAUUAGAGCGGCUUGCUAGGAAUCAGGAUGUUCCACAAGAAUACACUUACUAUGGUAUCCCAUCUCCCUGGCUUCAGGUUAAGACAAUGAGGGCCCUUCAGUAUUUCCCAACUAUUGAAGAUCCAAAUACCAGAAGAUCAUUGUUUGAGGUCUUACAACGGAUAUUAAUGGGGACUGAUGUUGUUAAAAAUGUAAAUAAGAACAACGCAUCACAUGCUGUUCUUUUCGAAGCCCUUGCUCUUGUCAUGCAUCUUGAUGCUGAAAAAGAGAUGAUGUCUCAGUGUGUUGCCCUUCUUGGAAAAUUUAUUGCUGUGCGUGAACCAAAUAUUCGAUAUCUUGGUUUGGAGAAUAUGACCCGGAUGUUGUUGGUAACAGACGUGCAAGACAUCAUCAAAAGACAUCAGGCUCAGAUCAUAACCUCGUUGAAGGAUCCAGAUAUCAGUAUCCGUAGACGUGCUCUUGAUUUGCUUUAUGGUAUGUGUGAUGUUACAAACGCAAAGGACAUAGUUGAAGAAUUAUUGCAGUAUCUCAGUACAGCAGAAUUCGCAAUGCGUGAGGAAUUGUCACUUAAAGCUGCUAUUCUUGCAGAGAAGUUUGCCCCUGAUCUAUCAUGGUAUGUGGAUGUGAUUCUUCAAUUGAUUGAUAAGGCUGGGGAUUUUGUAAGCGAUGACAUAUGGUUUCGUGUUGUGCAGUUUGUUACAAACAAUGAAGACCUACAGCCUUAUGCGGCAGCAAAGGCGAGAGAGUAUCUUGACAAGCCAGCUAUACAUGAGACAAUGGUGAAGGUCAGUGCAUAUCUCCUGGGAGAAUUUGGCCACCUUUUGGCCAGACGGCCAGGGUGUAGUCCGAAGGAAAUAUUUAGCGUUAUACAUGAGAAGCUUCCUACUGUAUCGUCUUCUACCAUUCCUAUUCUUCUCUCAACAUAUGCUAAGAUUUUAAUGCACACUCAACCCCCGGACCCAGAACUACAGAAUCAGAUUUGGGCAAUUUUUAACAAAUACGAGAGUUGCAUUGAUGCUGAGAUACAACAACGAGCUGUUGAAUAUAUUGCCUUGAGUAGAAAAGGUGCGGCUCUAAUGGAUAUAUUGGCUGAAAUGCCCAAAUUCCCUGAGCGACAGUCCGCAUUGAUCAAGAAGGCUGAUACUGAAGUUGAUACUGCGGAACAAAGUGCUUUAAAGUUGCGGGCCCAGCAGCAAACAUCAAGUGCUCUGGUUGUAACUGAUCAGCGUCCUGCGAAUGGGACACCAUUAUCAUCUGGCACUCAGCUUAGUGUAGUAAAGGUGCCCAGCAUGAGCAGUACUGCAGAUCACAAUUCAGCAGAGCAAGGAUUGUCCCAUGAGAAUGGGACUUUGACUAAAGUAGAUCCCCAACCUCCAGCCGAUCUCCUUGGUGAUCUCUUGGGUCCACUGGCUAUUGAAGGUCCUCCUAGUACGGAAUUCCAGUCUCAACAAACUAUAGUCUCUGGAUUGAAAGAUGUUCCAGAUACAAUUGAAGCCGCAGCCAUUGUUCCUUUUGGAGAGCAGACAAAUUCUGUUCAGCCAAUAGGAAAUAUUGCUGAAAGGUUUCAGGCUUUGUGCUUGAAGGAUAGUGGUGUUUUAUAUGAAGAUCCUUACAUCCAGAUUGGCAUUAAAGCAGAGUGGCGAGCACAUCAUGGGCGACUUGUUCUUUUCUUGGGAAACAAGAAUACUUCUCCACUUGUUUCAGUUCAGGCUAUAAUAUUGCCUCCAUCCCAUUUAAAAAUGGAGCUCUCAUUAGUACCAGAGACUAUUCCUCCCAGGGCACAGGUGCAAUGCCCACUUGAAAUUGUGAAUCUCCGCCCUAGUAGGGAUGUAGCAGUCCUUGAUUUCUCAUACAAGUUUGGUAACAAUAUGAUCAAUGUCAAGCUUCGCCUUCCUGCUGUCUUGAAUAAAUUUCUUCAGCCUAUAACAGUGACAGCUGAAGAGUUUUUCCCUCAAUGGAGAUCACUUUCAGGACCACCUUUGAAGCUCCAAGAAGUGGUCAGAGGCGUAAGACCAAUGCCUCUUCUGGACAUGGCAAAUUUAUUUAACAGUUUGUAUGUGGAUGUGAUUCUUCAAUUGAUUGAUAAGGCUGGGGAUUUUGUAAGCGAUGACAUAUGGUUUCGUGUUGUGCAGUUUGUUACAAACAAUGAAGACCUACAGCCUUAUGCGGCAGCAAAGGCGAGAGAGUAUCUUGACAAGCCAGCUAUACAUGAGACAAUGGUGAAGGUCAGUGCAUAUCUCCUGGGAGAAUUUGGCCACCUUUUGGCCAGACGGCCAGGGUGUAGUCCGAAGGAAAUAUUUAGCGUUAUACAUGAGAAGCUUCCUACUGUAUCGUCUUCUACCAUUCCUAUUCUUCUCUCAACAUAUGCUAAGAUUUUAAUGCACACUCAACCCCCAGACCCAGAACUACAGAAUCAGAUUUGGGCAAUUUUUAACAAAUACGAGAGUUGCAUUGAUGCUGAGAUACAACAACGAGCUGUUGAAUAUAUUGCCUUGAGUAGAAAAGGUGCGGCUCUAAUGGAUAUAUUGGCUGAAAUGCCCAAAUUCCCUGAGCGACAGUCCGCAUUGAUCAAGAAGGCUGAUACUGAAGUUGAUACUGCGGAACAAAGUGCUUUAAAGUUGCGGGCCCAGCAGCAAACAUCAAGUGCUCUGGUUGUAACUGAUCAGCGUCCUGCGAAUGGGACACCAUUAUCAUCUGGCACUCAGCUUAGUGUAGUAAAGGUGCCCAGCAUGAGCAGUACUGCAGAUCACAAUUCAGCAGAGCAAGGAUUGUCCCAUGAGAAUGGGACUUUGACUAAAGUAGAUCCCCAACCUCCAGCCGAUCUCCUUGGUGAUCUCUUGGGUCCACUGGCUAUUGAAGGUCCUCCUAGUACGGAAUUCCAGUCUCAACAAACUAUAGUCUCUGGAUUGAAAGAUGUUCCAGAUACAAUUGAAGCCGCAGCCAUUGUUCCUUUUGGAGAGCAGACAAAUUCUGUUCAGCCAAUAGGAAAUAUUGCUGAAAGGUUUCAGGCUUUGUGCUUGAAGGAUAGUGGUGUUUUAUAUGAAGAUCCUUACAUCCAGAUUGGCAUUAAAGCAGAGUGGCGAGCACAUCAUGGGCGACUUGUUCUUUUCUUGGGAAACAAGAAUACUUCUCCACUUGUUUCAGUUCAGGCUAUAAUAUUGCCUCCAUCCCAUUUAAAAAUGGAGCUCUCAUUAGUACCAGAGACUAUUCCUCCCAGGGCACAGGUGCAAUGCCCACUUGAAAUUGUGAAUCUCCGCCCUAGUAGGGAUGUAGCAGUCCUUGAUUUCUCAUACAAGUUUGGUAACAAUAUGAUCAAUGUCAAGCUUCGCCUUCCUGCUGUCUUGAAUAAAUUUCUUCAGCCUAUAACAGUGACAGCUGAAGAGUUUUUCCCUCAAUGGAGAUCACUUUCAGGACCACCUUUGAAGCUCCAAGAAGUGGUCAGAGGCGUAAGACCAAUGCCUCUUCUGGACAUGGCAAAUUUAUUUAACAGUUUCCAGUUGAUAGUUUGUCCAGGGCUUGACCCAAAUCCAAACAAUCUUGUUGCAAGCACAACGUUCUAUUCAGAAAGUACACGGGCCAUGCUCUGCUUGGUUAGAAUUGAAACGGAUCCAGCAGACAGAACCCAGUUGCGUAUGACAGUUGCUUCAGGGGAGCCCGCGUUAACAUUUGAGUUGAAGGAGUUCAUGAAAGAACAAUUAGUUAAUAUUCCUACAGCCUCCCAUGCUCCUACAGCAGCACCGCCUGCGCCAGCAGUACCUCAACCAACGAGUCCAGCAGCAGCAGCAUUGACAGAUCCUGGGGCUAUGCUGGCUGGUUUACUGUGACAGAGUGAAGGUGAGUGAUGUGUGAGGAUUUGUUCAUUAUACGCUUGUAAACCUGAUUUAUACAGCUGGGCCCACCCAUAUGUCCCUCAAGUUAAAAUUGUGGAUAAAAAGAAACCAAGAUGCAAGGGCUGGCGGAAUUAAAGGGGUGAGCUAAUUUGGUAGUCGGCUUAGUGGUUUGAGUGGGAAUUUCCAGGGGUUGGUCGGGAUUUUCAGAUUCUUUCUGCACAAUGUAAUUGUGCCUUGGGUGAGAUUUUUCUCUUUUGGGGUGAGGGUUUUUUCUUUUCUUUAUUAUUCAUCAUUUUUCCCCUUCCCAGUUUCACUGGAUUGGUUUCUGUAGCAUAAUAUUUGACCCAUGUAAGAUAUUGCAUGAAGUAGAACCAGUUGUAAUAGUUUGCAUUCGUUUGUUAAUCGAUAUAGUAAUAUUUUCAAUAAGAGCAUAUUUAUUGGACGAUACAA